AAACUCGAGGCUUUUCAGCAGUGAUGAAAGGCCAGCACUCAUCUUCUUCCCUCAUCAUCAUCUUAGUGUUGGCCUUCAUCACCACCUUUCUCCGGCCAGCCACCUCCGCUACACCCACUGCUGCCGCCCGUCAACACCGCUACCAAAGAUACAACGACAAGAUUCUCAAGUUGCCCGGACAACCACCUGGUGUCAACUUUAACCAGUAUUCCGGCUACAUUACCGUUGAUAAGAAACAGGGACGAGCUCUUUUCUACUGGUUGAUCGAAGUUCCGUCCAGUAAUGGCCCUGCAUCGUCAAAACCUCUUGUACUCUGGUUGAAUGGUGGGCCAGGGUGCUCCUCCAUAGCUUAUGGGGCGUUUGAGGAAGUGGGACCCUUUCGUGUGGGCCCCGAUGGUAAAACUCUCUCCAUAAGUCCAUAUGCUUGGAACAAAGAGGCCAAUUUGCUUUUCAUUGAUUCACCUGCUGGAGUUGGUUUUUCAUAUACGAAUACUUCCUUUGAUCAAAUCACCGGUGAUGAGAGAACAGCGAAAGAUGCCCAUGCAUUUCUUGUUAAUUGGUUUCUGAGAUUUCCUCAAUAUAAGCAUAGGCCAUUUUACAUCGCCGGGGAAAGUUAUGCAGGUCACUACGUUCCCCAACUAUCUCAAAUUAUCGUCAGAUUGAAUAAAGGCGUCAAGAAUCCAGAAAUCAACUUCAAAGGUUUCUUGCUGGGAAACCCAUUGCUUGAUGAUUACUAUGACAACAUCGGUACAUUUGAGUUCUGGUGGAACCACGGGUUAAUAUCAGAUACGACGUAUCAAAUAUUAAACGAAUCGUGUCCAUACGACUCUUUCUUGUUCCCAAGUGGAGAUUGCUACAAAUAUUUGCUACGAGCUUACUCUGAAUUCGGUGACAUUAACUUUUAUGGCAUUUAUGACGAUCCUUGUGAUGAUUUGGGCACCAAGCUACCUCUGCCAUGGAUGUUUAGAGGGAACAAUAAUUGCCUCAUAAAGUACACAAAAGUGUACAUGAAUCGCCCCGAUGUGCAAAAGGCUCUUCAUGCUAAUGUUACACGAUUGCCCUAUUCUUGGAUCACGUGCAGUGACAUCGUUAGAGGAAGUUGGACGGAUUCGCCCACGACAAUGCUUCCAAUUUUCAAGGAACUCAUCAAGGCCGGUAUUCGGAUAUGGGUAUUUAGCGGUGACACAGAUGCUGUUCUGCCAUUGACGGGUACCCGUUACUCCAUCAAAGCUUUGAAACUGGAAACCCUAAUUGAGUGGCAUGCCUGGUAUGACAAGGAAAAGGUUGGCGGAUGGAGCCAAGUAUACAAGGGGAUGACAUAUUUGACAGUGAAGGGGGCAGGUCAUGAAGUUCCCAUGGAUCGCCCAAGGCUUGCUCUUACACUGUUUGCUCAUUUCUUGAAGAACAUUACGUUACCAUCUUCUGCUCAUUAAUUCUCUUAACUUUUUUCCAAAAAUAGUGUUUUCAAUAUUUCUCAUUUGGAUAUUGUAUUAUUAAUUUGUUACAUUUACUUGUUACAUGUUUUCAUACAAA